AUGUUUUGUGCCAUUAGUGGUAAAGUGCCUAGAAAGCCUGUUUUGUCGCCUAGAUCGAAAAGCGUUUUUGAAAAAUCGCUUCUUGAACAGUAUGUUAAAGAUACGGGGAAUGACCCGAUAACAAAUGAGCCCUUGAGCCUCGAAGAGAUAGUAGAAAUUGUACCCAGUCUGCAACAGGCUUCCUUAACUGAAUCUACGAAUUCCGCUACGUUGAAGGCAAAUUACUCGAUUCCAAAUCUUCUGACCAGUUUGCAAAAUGAGUGGGACGCUAUAAUGCUGGAGAAUUUCAAAUUGCGAUCAACCUUGGAUAGCCUAACGAAAAAACUAUCAACCGUGAUGUACGAAAGAGAUGCUGCAAAGUUGGUGGCUGCCCAACUGAUGAUGGAGAGGGAUGAUAAGUCGAGCAGCUCGUCAAAAUCUCCUCAGCAAAUGGUGGUUGGUACGAGAAAUGAGUUUUUACAAGGGCUGUUACAAUCUUCUAGGGAGUUUGUAGCGAGAGGCAAGCCCAAAGCAUUCAAAUGGCCGAUAUUGAAGGGUUUUGAAUUCUUACCCACGCAAGAUUACUCAUCUACAGUCAGAACCUAUCCGUACAAAGAGCUAGACCAUUCUCAAUACUACAACAAAUGGGCCCUUAUGUGUCAUUGUGACGCUGAUACCUUACAGAUCACCGAAUUGAAAGAUUUGAAAUCGAUUACCACAUUAGCCACGCCAAACUUUCGCAGUGAAGGGGAACAACCUAUCAUUGUUUCCAAGGGAUCGCGUAAUCGGUUGUUACUGUCAUACCCAAGUAAUCAAAUAAUAGUACUGGAUCUAGAAACAAAUACAGUAUUGAGAGAAAUAGACGUACAUUCCAUGAAUCAGAUCAUAUAUAUAUAUGGCCACAAUGAAGUUAACACUGAAUAUUUCAUUUGGGCGGAUAAUCAAGGGACGAUAGGAUUUCAAUCAUACACGGAUAACUCCCAAUACAUAGUGCAUUCUGGAAGCCCGGAUGUCGAAUACAGUAGCGGUGCCUUACAUAAGGACUCCCUGUUACUAGCUCUUUACUCACCCGAGGGAAUAUUGAAUGUUUACAAUCUGUCGUCGCCUGACCAAGCAUGUUCUAAAUUCCUCAUGGAACAAGAGGCCAAGAUAAAAGAGGUUAAAUUUGCAGACAACGGAUACUGGAUGGUGGUGAGGUGUGACCAAAUGGUAGCUUGCUUUGACCUAAGAAAAGACGUGGGCACACUGGCAUACCCAACAUACACAUUUCCUGAAUUCAAGACAGGAACCUUUGUGUAUGACAUUGACGACUCUGGUAAAAAUAUGAUCGUUUACUCAAACGAGAGCAAAUCAUUGACAGUAUACAAAUUUGACAAGAAAACGAAAAGUUGGAUAAGAGAUGAAGUGAAUACACUGAAUUUGCCAAAGGAAACCGUAGAUUUCACGAACAUAGAGGUGGUAUGUGGAGAUGGCGGAAUUGCGGCUGUUUUGAAGACAAACGACAGUUUCAAUAUCGUGUCAUUAACAUCUUGA